GUUUUUUAAUACUUAGUUUUUAGCAGAUUUUCAGGGAAAUGGUUACGAAAGUAAUGAACAAGACGGGAAGAACUCCAUACAUGGACAUCACUAAUAUUCCCCUGCAGUAUGGUGUGCAUGUUUGACGACACGGCCACUACUGUACUGAGACUUCGCCAUUUGCAUAGCAAAGUACACAUCAAGUGUCCCUUGCCAGUGUUGCAGUGAGUGCAGGGAGCAGCCGUACCCUUUGCAGCUGAGUCAGUACACUGUGUCCAAGGCCAUAUCAUAUGGCCCGAGGUACCAAUUACCAUAGUUAAGAGGUCAUAUGUCAACAGGAAGCCUGAGCAAAACAUCAACAGAUCCAUACAUUGAGAAAGAUUAGUUCUAACAUGUCGGACACCGAUUCAGACACAACGUACAUUGAAGAAGAUGAGACUGAAAAUGUAAACCGACUGGAUCUCCCAGAAUCUCCAAGCAAUCAGAGUGCUGCAUCAGCUGAGGUGUCUGUCACCCUGAAACGCUCAGCCACCGGCCAUGACAUUUCCGACUCUGACUCUGAGACUUCAGAGGGACCAUCCCAGUUGCUGCUUGGAAGAAGCAAAGGCAAGGCAUCAGUCUCCAAGGCCAACAACAGAACUCCUGGUGAUCUGAGCGAAAACCAAACUGAUAGUGACAAACCCAAGUGCCAGUAUGGUGCAAAAUGCUACCGGAAGAAUAUCAGCCACAGGAAGGAGUUUCGGCAUUCAGAUGAGGAUGAAGAGGGAAUGCCUCCCACCAAGAGACUGAAGAGGGAUGAUACUGCCUCCUCAUCUGCCUCAACUGUUACAUCUGCAUCAAAGAAGAAGAAUUGCUUAGAACUCCUCAGAGAAGCUUCACCACUCUGUUUCCUUCUCACGAAAGUCACGGGGAUACCCGAUAAAUACAACAACUCCUUAGCUGUGCACAUAUCAGAAAUCUUGUCACCGUGCAUGGGUGACCUGAUUGCUUCAGCUCAGUUCAACUACAUGUUUGAUAUUCCAUGGUUGGUCCAGCAAUAUCCCGGUCAGUUCCGGACUAAGCCAUUGCUCAUUGUACACGGGGAGCAACGGCAGAGCAAAGUAGCCCUCCAUGAGGCUGCUCAUCCCUACCCCAACAUCAAACUAUGCCAGGCCAAGCUGGAUAUCAUGUAUGGCACACAUCACAGCAAGAUGAUGUUGCUGUUGUACACCAAUGGCAUGCGUGUGGUCAUCCAUACAGCCAAUAUGAUUGACAGAGACUGGUACCAGAAAACUCAGGGUGUUUGGAUCAGUCCUCUCUUCCCCAAGGCAGGCCCUGGCACUGUCACUGACUCCCCAACCUCCUUCCAACGAGACCUAGUUGAGUAUCUGACAGCCUACCGGUCACCAUCACUCCAAGAAUGGAUAGGGCACGUCAGGACGCACGAUAUGUCACAAGCCAAGGUACACAUUGUUGGAUCUGUGCCAGGAAGGCACAUCGGAGGAGCCAUUAACAAAUGGGGCCAUCUGAAGCUGCGAAAGGUCCUCAAGGAGCGUGGACCAAGCGAGGCCAAUGUGAAAGGCUGGCCCGUGAUUGGUCAAUUCUCCAGCGUAGGCUCCCUCGGCCCCGACAAAGAUAAAUGGCUGUGCGGAGAGUGGCUGCAGAGCCUGUCACAGUGCGAAGGCUCUGGAAGGAAGAUGCAAGGGGAGUCAGGACACAAGACAUUGAAAUUGAUCUUUCCGUCUAAGGACAAUGUUCGGACCAGUCUAGAGGGUUACCCAGCGGGCGGGUCAAUACCCUACAGCAUCAAGACAGCCAAGAAACAAGUGUACUUCCAUUCCUUCCUACACCAGUGGAUUGCCAACACAAGAGGGCGCUCUAGAGCCAGUCCACACAUCAAGACCUACUGCAGGAUGUCACCUGACAAUGAACACAUUGCAUGGUUUCUGGUGACCAGUGCCAACAUGUCCAAAGCUGCCUGGGGAGCUCUUGAAAAGAACGGACAGCAGCUUAUGAUUAGGUCCUAUGAGAUCGGCGUCCUCUUCCUUCCAGCUGACUUCGUUUCAGAGAGCACAAGGUUUGCAGUCUCAUCAGCUGUUGAUGAGGAUGAGCUUCAUUUCCCAUUACCUUGGGAUUCACAAUUAGUGCCAUACUCCAAAGAUGAUCGACCUUGGCUAUGGGACAUCCCCUACACAGACCUUCCAGACUCCCACGGCAACUGCUGGGUUCCUCCUUCAUAAAGGCCAGUAACACCCUGGUGUUCCUUCACUUCGUUUGGUGCCCUUUGUGCAGACUGUGAGUCUGAAUCACAAUUUUUAUGAGUGGCACCAGAGCAGCUUGGACAUAAGGUCCAAUAUUAAGAUCAUCCCUGUAGCCAUGAGAUGUGCACUCCAUGCUACCUGUGCCUGGAGAAAUUUCGAUUGGUUCUCAAGUAACCUUCAACUAUCUAAAGUGGAUUGGGUUUUCAGUCCCUGUCUCUGAAUUAUCCUGGGAAUAUCAUUCCAAAUGAAUCAGCCCCGUUACAACUUCCCGCCUCUAAGACUGAAUAUAUCUUCAUCGUCUCCUCUUUCUAGCAUUCUUUAGAGUGACAGUAAUUGUGCACUUGGGAAAGUCCUUGGUUUCAUUACUAGAAAGAAUUUAAUGAAGAUUUUUUAAAAUGACAAACGUGUCGCUAUUUAUAAAACAAAGCAUGGUUGAAGAUAUAGGCUAAACUAAAAUUGUUUUAUCUAUGAUUAUCACAGCUGAAGUCAUUACAGAUGAAGUCUCGCUGAAAAAGUGUUCCUCUAUAAAUUAAAGAGAAGUUAAUUCCUGAUUUUGAUUACAAAAAUACAGUUUUAAUGAAUUGAACUGUAAAAAAAAUGUAUUUAGUGUUCUUGCCUUAAAGAAACAUCUACUAUGCUCACGGUUGUCUUUUUUGGUUGAAGUUAUUUCAGUUUCUUUUUUCUCCAUUGAAAUUUCAGAAGGUCAUCAAAAUAUAUUUUCAGAUUAUACAAACUAGUCCAGAUGUUUGGUUUAAGCUAACUCUGCCCCUCCCAACUAUAUUGAGCUCAAUACUGCGACGUACUGUGAUUGGUUGGAUUGCAACGCUCUUAAAAUUUGACCUUACAGAAAAAUAAGUAUUUAUUGUAGCGCUGUAUAAUCCAUAUAGGCCUGCGUGUGUAUAAGUAAAAUCAAAUGAUCAUGCAUUAAAGCAUUAAGCCCUAUCACGUUUACUUUUAUUCUUCCAUUUGUCUUCCUUCUCCACAUCCCCCGUACGCCACACGCAGGGCAUGCAUUGGUUUUCAUAACCCCUCCUGUCGUUUUGGCGUUUGUGUGAUUUGAUAUUUGUUUGAAAGACAAUUCAUGGUUAGAUGUUUCUUUCUUGUAACAGUCCAAGAAACUGUUGUUAUAGAUGACAUGACCGAAUAUCCUUCACGCGGAACGUGACUGUAAUGCCCCCUGUGGUGGUUAUUUAAUUUUCGACAUUUUG